AUGGAAGACGGCGAGCAAGAGGGUUUGCGAAUCUCCCUCAACGGCGACCCCCGCUAUCUCGUUGCCGCCGCCACCGUAGCAACCCUCUUCCUUGCUGGUUCGGCCCUUUGGCGUUCCUCCAUAAUGUCUCCCAGGCUUGCAAUCACCGAGAACAAUCGGAACGAGAGUGGCUUAACGGACCCUGACGCUAUAGUGCGCUCUGAGCCUCCCUCGGCCUCAGAGGAGAAGAGUCCAGCAGACGGGCCUUCAAAAGACACGCGAAACAAGGUGCUUGACGAAGUCACACCACUUUCGCAGGAAGUGGAGUCCAAGGAUUCGAAGAGCACGCGUACGAAGGAUAGACGGAGGAGGGGCAAGGACCCGCUGAAGGAAAUCCUGAAAAGCGGGAAGAAAGCAAAGGCUUUUUUGGGCAAGGCGGGCGAUGUUGCUGAAAAGACGGACGUGAUGCCUAUACCAGAAUCCACCCCAUCCCCGCGUUCUCGAAAAAUUCCAACAGACUCCACUACGCGAUCCCUGUCCGUGUCCGCUGCUUCUAGCCAUAGGAUACAUGGGAGCGCAACAUCGAACCACUCCCACGAAAUUUCACAGAGUGGUCAGGGGUCGGGCACAGACGACUUUUCCUGUGGCUUCACCACCCCUUCUGUUGUCUCAGAGCUCGAGGAGCUGUCCUUGUCCCUCGACGGGCUGGACACGCCCGAAUCACAGAAUUCAGACUUGCCUGCGAAGCCUUUAGAGCCAAGAGAAAUCUUGGCGACUCAGGCGUCGGACUCCUUGCCUCAAGCAUUGUCCUCCUCACCUACUUCUCACUCCAGCUCAUCUGCAACAUCAUCUUCUGUAAUAACACCAGACACCUCACCGACCAUCUCAUUGAAUGAGGACAUCUCAACCCCGACUCUUGUGCACCCUUCUGUCUCCCUCCCAGCCGACCUUUCCCCGAUUCCAAAAGCUAAAUCUCAAGUAUCUUCCCGCCAGCUCGCAAAAGCUUCUGAUCCUUGGGAUUGGGCCGCUCCCACACCCCCCGAAACAUCCUAUCGCAAGCCACCGCGGUUUCAGGGAAAAUCUCGAGGUGCUGGAACGCCUACGCCUCUGUCUAUUUCCUCUCCCCCCGCAUCCCCUUCUUCGGGGGUUCCAGGCUCAGCAUCGCAUCCCACACUAAUUUCACCCUACUCGGCCGUCGUUGCCUCCUCUCGAUCUACACCUCCAGUUGUCCUGGAAGAGCCCUCUGUAGAGGAACCCACCCCACUCACUUUCCCUACGUUGAAUCCAUCCACAUUUAAUCCAUCGCACCCCAUGUCCCCUAAUCCAAAUCGCAAACGUAAUUCUGCUGCAGAUAUCAACAGUGCUGCUGGGGCGAGCACGAGUAAUGGGACUGGUUACGGCAAUACAGGCACACCUACGCGGCGUGCGCCUACGCCCAGGCGACCGCCAACACCGUCUUCAGGAACAAACACGCCUCCACCUUCCUUGACCGCCCAGACGCAGCUGGCAUCAUUGAGAGGUGCACUAGAAGCUGCGCGGUUGAGGGAAGAGAAGUCCAAGUCGGAUAUAGAACGGUACUUGAAGGAAAUGGAGGUUCUUCGUUGGGAGAACGUGACGUGCAGACGUAGGGAAGCCGAACUUCAAACACAGGUGCAUUAUUUAAUGAAUCAGCUACAAGCCUAUGCUGCACUCUUCGCAUCAAUGCCACCCCAGCCAACACAGAUGCAAAGUCCUACAGGAAGCGGAACCACCUCCAAUGGAGGAGGCAAUGGAUCUACUCCAAAUGGAUUCCCAGCACAAAAUUCACCACUGCAUCCUCCACCACCGCUUCAUCUACAGAUGUUAUCUUCAAUGCACAUGUUUCCCGUGAACGGCAACCAAUCUCCAGCGACGUUGGUCUCUCCAGGGACACCACACUCUGGUGGUGGCCAACCCUCACCUUUCUUCCCUCACCCCAUGCAUUCACAUACACCCCAGCCUCCACCUCAGUCCCAGUCCCAAAGCCAUCCAUCUCCGCACCAGGCCAACUUGUUUUCUACGUUUUUCCGUCCGUCGGUUGCGGGUGGGAGUGGCCCUUCGAGUGCUGCUGGAUCGUCAUCUGUGGGAUCUGCGUCGCCUGAUUUAAAUGGAUCUCCGAGCCCGACGCCGACUAUGCUUGAUAGAGGGAUGAUACGCGCGCGUACGCGGACGCAGACUGCUAAUGGGCGUAUUGGGGGACUGGGGAAUACGUGGGAGGGCGUGGAUAACGAUGGGUGGAUUGGAAUGGGGGAGGAAGAUAAGGAUAUGCGGGGUCUGGAGGGAGAUGAAGAAGGAGGACAAGGACAUGAUGAUGACGGGGGUGAUGGGGACGAUGACUUUAAUGAGCUCUUGGCGGACGCGAUACUCAAAAGGCCUGGAAGCAUCCGGGUACGGAAGAAAGGGGGUAAUAAUGCUAGGGAAGGAAAGGAGAGGGCGUCGCCUGUUGAGAAUGAGGAACAACACACCGAGUUUACGUUCCCUUCCUUGUCGGAAUUGGGCAAUAGUCGGAAGAAGAUCACACUCCGUCCGAACAAUGUCAAUAAUGCCCCGACUCCUCGCGAUGACAUUAUACAUAUUGCUAAGUACCUCCUUCUUUGCAAGAACGACACACCUCCCCUUCUGGUCAUGCAUGGACUGUUUCUUGACUUUUUUUUUCUUCCUUUUUUCAUCCACCCGAUUUACACCCUCGUUAUCUCCCUUUCUGUCUUUUGUGCUACCACGAUGCCCACCAUCCUCGAAGAGAUCUACGCACAACGAGCUAAAGAUGUCAGACUUGCAAAGUCUACACCAGGCACUACGCCUGCAGACCUCAAAAACCUGCUCGCGAUGCACCUCGCACCCUCCCUCAUCCCACUCGUCCCCCGCCUCAAACGAAACCCAUCCUCAUCCACCUCCUCUCCCUCCCCCUCCUUAAUGGCCGAAAUAAAACGCGCCAGCCCAUCCAAAGGUCCCAUCGCCCUAUCCGUGAACCCAGCAAAGCAAGCACAAACCUACGCUCUAUCCGGCGCGUCCGUCAUCUCCGUGCUCACCGAGCCGACAUGGUUCAAGGGCAGUCUUUUAGAUAUGCGCUUGGCCCGCGAAGCGGUGGACAGUUUACCCGAUCGUCCCGCCAUCCUGCGCAAAGACUUUAUCUUUGACGAGUACCAGAUCGACGAGGCGCGUUUACAUGGGGCGGACACCGUCCUCCUCAUCGUUGCCAUGCUUUCAUUGGACAGACUUAAAGCCCUCUACGCGUACUCGCUCUCCUUGGGUAUGGAGCCCCUAGUGGAAGUGAACAACGCGAAAGAGAUGAAGGUGGCGUUGGAGCUAGGAGCAAAAGUCAUAGGCGUGAACAAUCGGAACUUGCACGACUUCCAAGUCGACAUGGGCACCACCAGCCGACUUGUUGAGCUCGUAAGGGAGAUGGACGUGGUGCUGUGUGCGUUGAGUGGGAUUUCGAGCGCAAAGGACGUGAACACGUACAAGGAACAAGGCGUCCGCGCCGUCCUUGUGGGCGAAUCGCUCAUGCGUGCAAAGGAUACCAGGCAGUUCAUCCGUGAGUUGCUAAGCUGGCCUCAACAGACCCUUUUCGCUGGGAAAACACAGACGAGCCCGAUGCCGUGGGUCAAAGUCACCGGCGUUCAAACGAAAGAAGAGGCCAAGAAAUGUAUCGCAGCUGGCGCUGAUAUGAUCAGCGUCAUAUUCGACACUACAGACGCGCACCACGUCUCCCCGGAAACAGCAAGAGAAAUCUCAGCCGUCAUCCGCGAAGCACAACUCGCAUCAAAACCCUCCAAAAAAUCCACUGCCCCCGACUCUUCAUCAGGAACCCCCAUCUUCGGCCCAUACUUCACACUCCAAAUGGUACAUCUCAUCACAACACCCCAUCGCCGACCUUUAUUGGUCGGUAUAUUCAAGAACCAAUCCCUCCCCACCAUCCUCUCCACCAUCUCCUCCGCCCACCUCGACCUCGUCCAACUCAACGGCACCACCGAGCCCCCAGAAUGGUUUCAACACAUCCCCGUGCCCGUCAUUCGGCGCUUCGCCAUCGACGGGGACUUAAAAGGGUUCACCAAGCCGGGUCUACACGCUUUUUCGCUUUUAGACCAAGAGUCGGUGAAUGGCAAGGCAGAUUGGGGUGCGGUUGUGAAGAGCGUCGAAGGGGGUGGUGGUGAGGCUGAUGGGUUCCCUAUGCCUGUUAUCCUUGAUAUGGAGCUGCCGAUUGAGAAUCUUGGGUUGGAGAUAAGGAACUUCACGCCGUGGGCGACGGAUAUUAAGCGGAGUGAUGAGGGGGGCUUUGAGGAGACGUUGGAGUUAGUACGGAGUAUGAAAUCUGGUCAGUAG